AUGCCGCUGGCGCAGGUGCAGCCCGGUCGCUGUUCGACGGUUCUCUGCCAUGGCCUGACGCUGAUGUUCUGGAUCAUCAUUGUUUGCUUCGGGGUGUACGCUCUGAACGCUGUGCGGCAGGACGACUCCAUUCUCGGAUGGCUCGACCACCAGAGGGUCCAUGACUUGGCGAGCGCGUGGAUGCUGAUCGUCCUCGCCGCUGUCGGCCUAUACGUGUCCUGGGUCGAGAUUCAUCUCAGCAAGACACCCAACGCCAGCCCCUCUCAUUCGAUCGCUGCGGAGAUGAUUCUGGCCGUUGUCAUCGUCACGACUGGCUGCUUCGUGGCCGCUGGGCCAUGGUCAGAACAGCGCUCGGCUGGGAGGAACGAGCUGGUGGAGAGCUUUGCAAUUUUAACGUGGUUCGGAAGCUUGUUGCUUGCCGUCUCCAAGCUAGUUGUCGCGUGCCUCAGGGAACGCCUUCGGGGAAACUUUAACAGCAGUGGCGCACACGCCUCCGGUCAGACCAAGGAGGAGAGCCCGUGA